UGAGCUGCGGCAGCAACGAUGCCUUCAGUUCAGUAUCUGAGAGAGUUCAUCAACGAGCGACUAACUGCUGCUGCUGAACAAAUAUUCUUGGAGUUUGAAAAAACGAUCGUCCAGUACGAGGAAGAGAUCGACCGUCAGCGCAGACUGCUGGAUAUCACCUGGAAACCCCAAAUCAAGCUGCACAGGACAGAACUUAGACAGAACUGUGACAUUAACCAGGAGAGGAGCUCCAGUGUGGAGCAGGAGGAACCAGAAGCUCCACAGAUUAAAGAGGAACAGGAGGAACUGUGCAGCAGUCAGCAGGGAGAGCAGCUGGGACUGAAGGAGGAGCCUGAAGUUCAUAAUGAUCCUGUGCAGUACGAGGAAGAGAUGGAGCGUCAGCGCAGACUGCUGGAUGUCACCUGGAAACUCCAAAUCAAUGACCUCGGACAGCAGCACAUCUGUAAGGAGGAGGAGGAGGAGGUUCUCCCUGAGCAGCAGCUCUGGAACCAGGAGAGGAGCUCCAGUGUGGACCAGGAGGAACCAGAACCUCCACAGAUUAAAGAGGAAGAGGAGGAACUGUGCAGCAGUCAGGAGGGAGAGCAGCUGGGACUGAAGGAGGAGCCUGGUACCUUCAUGGUGACUGCUGCUGAGGAAGGAGAGCACAGUGAACCAGGAGGAGACGGGGAGCAGCUCCUCUGUGAUGACUCUCCUCAAAGUGAAAGCACAGAUGAAGAAUCCAGCAAGUGUGAAGAGUCAGGGUUAAGUGAAACUGAGGAGCCGGUUCCAAAGAGACAAAAGAGAGACAGAAGUCGUGGUGUUGUAGAGAGCGCGCCUGUCUCAGAGAGUCCAUGUAAUGCUGCCACAGGUCGAAAGUCUGAUGUUUCUAAGAAUCAAUCCCGGGGGAAAAAACACCAUACCAAUGUGAAUUCACUUGUUUGCAAAAUAUGUGGGGGGAAAUUUAGUAGAACCUAUUUGGCUGUCCACAUGAGACUUCACACAGGUGAGAAACCAUAUUCUUGUCAUACAUGUGGGAAACGUUUUAAUCAAAGCAGUACUUUGCGUAGCCAUGUGAGAACCCACACAGGUGAGAGACCUUAUUCCUGCGAUACAUGUGGGAAAAGUUUCGGUCAGAGUGCUGCAUUGUAUAUCCAUAAGGCAGUUCACUCAGAAAGACUGUUUUCCUGUGAUAUAUGUGGAAAAAGUUUCAGUCAUAAAAACUAUUUGCCCAUCCACAUGACCACUCACACCGAUGAGAAGCCGUAUGUUUGUGAAAUAUGUGGGAAAACGUUUGGUCACAGCUCUGUUUUUUACAGUCACAGGAAAAUACACCAAAGUAGGGAAUCGGUUUCUUGUGAAAUAUGCGGGAAAACAUACUCAGAAAAAAGCGCUGUUAAACGCCACAUGAGAACUCACACAGGGGAGAAACCGCAUUCCUGUGAAAUAUGUGGGGCAAAAUUCCGUGAAUUGAAGAGUUUGAAAAGGCACAAGGAAAAGCACACGGGCGAAGGGCCGUAUUCCUGUGACAAAUGUGGGACGAGGUUCAAACGAGGCAAUCACCUUUUCCUCCACAUGGAAACGAAAAUAUGUGAGAAGCAGAGUUCCUCUGAAACAGGAGAAGAGUUUCAAAGAAAUCAUUCAUCCACAUGAGAUGAAUGAUUUCUUUGGCAAGUUGUAGUAGAAAUACCCGUGAACCGAAGCUUGAGGAACAAGGGUGUCAUUUUUAUGAGAUUGGAGAAAAAACCCAUAAAUAUGAGCACCAAACAUUUUUUACUCUGGAGCUGUGAUUCUGGUUUUAUAAUUUUUUUUAAAUUGAAAGUGAGCUCGUGAGGAUGGGCAGGGGGAGGUGCUCUUCUUUCCCAGGUUCACAAAUUGCAUUGUUGUUAUUUUGUCAUUUUUUGUUCAAAUGUGUGAACUUGAUUGAAAAAUAUGUUGGCGUAGUGUUUGUUUGAUGUCGUGUUCCUGUUUGUGGUUUUAUUGACACGCUGAAGCUGAAAAGCAGUUUUCGUUUGUUCUCAUGCGUUUGUAUUUUGUGAUUUCAUCAGCCUUCAGAGGUGAUCCUAACAAACUGCCCCGGUGUAACCUGAUGUCGUAGAACGUGCAGUGUAAAUAAAGUUUGUUUCUCUCA